AUGGCAAAACGGACUCUAGAUGCAUUCUUCAAACCAUCCACCAACACACCCUCAAAUCCAACACCAAAACGUUCCAAAAACGAGGAAGCCCAACCAACCCUCAAAACCUCACCACCACCCCAAACCACACCAUCAGAAGAACCAAUUCCCCCAAGCACACACCCGAGCUACCCAAUCCCAAUAGCAAAUCUACCCACACACAUCCAAGUCGGCCUAGAACACGCAACACCAGCCCGAGCACCCCACGAACAAAAAAACCAACCACACCUUGACCUCCUCCAUUUCCAACCGUACAUACCAAAAGAAACAGCAAAUGAACUCUUCAAAUUCCUCCGUCGCGAACUCCCCUUCUACCGCGUUCAAUACAAAGCACGAAGAGGGGAUACAGAGACGCAGAUAAACACACCUCGCUUCACGACUGUUUUCGGCGUUGAUGAGACGGCAUUAUUUGUCGAGGAUAAGAACAAGCACUCCAACUCCAACUCCAACUCUGAUACAAAUUCAGACUUGAAUGGCAACAACAACAACAGUCACGACCUCAACCUGGUCCCCCUGGACUCCAAAACAAACCUCCAACCGCCAAAACACAAAUACAAACUAACGCCGCGGCCUAUCCCACCCUGUCUGGAUAUCCUCCGGCGACAAGUGGAGAAAGCAACAAACGUGAAACAAAGCUAUAAUUUCUGCCUUGUGAAUUACUACGCCAGCGGCGAGGACAGUAUAGCCUUCCACUCGGACGACGAGCGGUUUCUCGGUGUCGAGCCUAAUAUUGCUUCUUUGUCGUUGGGUGGUGAGAGGGAUUUUUUGAUGAAGCAUAAGCCUUAUGCGCCUGUUGGGAAUGGGAAUACGAGACCUGUACAUGCAUUUGGAAUGGGAUCUGGGGCUGGGAUGCAGAUGGAUACUUGCACAACCCGAGGAUCCAAUCCCCGUUUUAAUGAUGGCAGUGUUUCAUCAACGCAGUUACAGACACAACAGCAGAUCAAGAUGAAUCUUGGUUCGGGCGAUAUGGUUGUUAUGCGGGGGCCUACGCAAGCGCAUUGGUUACAUAGUAUACCCAAGCGGAAAGGGAAAGCCGGGGAAGCGACGAAGGGUCGGAUUAACAUUACAUUUCGGCGCGCUGUUGUGCCAGGCGGGACGGAUAAUUAUUACCAUUAUAAUGUUGGGGAUGGGGGGAUGUAUCGGUGGGAUGAGGGUGCGAGGCGGAUGGUUGCGCAGGGGAGGGGCGAUGCAUAA